GACCGGAUGCACUUCUCUAAGACAUACACAGAACUAUUACUCUCUCUCCCUCCUGAGCUUAGAGAAAAUGCAAUCCAGUACCGGCAACUUAAGAAAGUCAUCAAACAAAUCACUCAGGAGCUCACUUCAUUAGGCUUGAGUCCCUCUCACCUCAACGAGUUGUUGCAGCCCAACAAUGGAAAGGGCAAGGCGAAAGAUAAUGGCAGUCAUGGCAACGAUGGGACUACUGAACAGGUUUUCGAAACGAAGACGUCCGAAGCCGGUCGCACGACGAAAUGCGUCUACGAGAUUGUCACAAUGAGCGACAGCCUCCAGCCGCGUUUGCGUCUCUGGAUAGCGGAUACGGACAGGGAGACUGCGGAGAGUCUUCUCAUCUACGACAAAGAGUUGAAUCGAGAUAGCGACCCAAGCCUGACCUCUGAUGUCCUUGAGGUUGUGGCGGCGGAUGGGGGGGCGGUCUCGGAAUCGAAGAUCGAGACGGUGGAAGAGGACGAAGAUCAAAUGGGCAUCCCAGAAAGUGGGCCAAGUACGUCGGCAGCCGCGAAGACCAGUCCUAGCCGCGAGGUCGUGAUCCCACUGAAUGCAGACCGAAUAUUCUUCGACCUCCUCCUCACCGCUCUGCAUUCCUUUUCCGUGCACCUGCAAGCCCUCGAAUCCCAAUUCCUCUCCUCUCUCCAGGACCUGGCGCGCAGCAUCACCGCAUCCGCGCGCCCCUUCUCCUCGACGAACGCCUUCCACGCGCACUCACAAACAUCCGAUCCGACCGCCGUGCAUGUCCCGUCCAUCACGCAUGCGUUCAAGAAGGUCGGGGGUUUCAAGUCGGACCUGUACGCGUGGCGCGAGUUCUUCCAGAUAUACGUCGAGGCGGAGAUAUUCGAGAGCACGAGCGAGCGCUCGAGGGGCGAGCGGACGAUUGAGGAUGCGGAGGAACGGUUGCGAAAGUUCGUGGAGAGGAUCAAGGAAGGAGGAUUUCAGGAUAAGAAGAAGUGGCGGCUGAAGGAGAGCCGGGAGGCAUUUCGGAUGUUCAUGCAGCUGAACCAGCUCCUUCUCGAUCUCAAGAAGCUGCAAUACGCCAAUGCAGAAGCGACCCGCAAGAUCCUGAAGAAGCACGCGAAGCGCACUGCCUUGCCGCUGCUCCCACUAUCCUCAUUGGCCCCGGAGUCCGGCCCCGUGGUGCUUGCACCAUCUCCUCUCGGGUCUCCAGCGCACCCGCAUAUCAGCCAGUCCGACUUCCUGUACGGCUCUGCGUCUUCGUUACCGCGGGUGCUCGUGCAAGCCAUAGGGGAGACCCUCCUGCCCAUCGUUCCCCAUGUGGACGACUACGCGUGUCUGAUAUGCACGGGCAUUGCAUUCAAGCCUAUUAGGCUGCGGUGUAGUCACUUGUUUUGUGUUAGGUGUCUUGUCAAGAUGCAGAAGCGGGGGAAAGCCAACUGUCCAAUAUGUCGCGCGCCGACAGUAUUGGUGGCGGAUCGAUCGAACGUUGAUUGGGCGCUGCUUAACUUCAUGAAGGAUUGGUUUCCCGUUGAGUCUAAAGCCAAGCUCCUGCAGAAUGAGCGGGAAGCGUCGCAGGAGGAGCUGGAGGAGCUGGGCCUCGAUGUCAAGGGCUGCGUCAUUGCUUGACUCGGCUGGCUUUUGCAUGCGUGCUCUCUCUGCUUGUGCUCCACAGGAUUCUGCGG